UGUCUCGUUCCUUUUUGCUCUCGCUCUUCCUUUGAGCUUGUUUUUUUUUUCUUCUUGCGCCAACGACGGACAGUCGCCUCUUCGUCUUUGCGAAUGACCAAUAUGGACUCUGUUGGGCCAAUGCGCAAGAAGCCAGGUGCCAAGCCGAAUCCCUUCAUAACGGACAUGGUUGCGCAUAGGAAAGAGAAGAACAGGCAGGCUCAAAAGGCAUUGCGAGAGCGACGCGCACAGCAGGCCUUUGAGCUCCAGAACGAAUUACGUUCUCUCCGCUCUCAGGUCUCGUCUCUUGGUCAGGAACGGGCGCAAUUGCGUCAAGAGAACCGGCAGCUACAACAGCUUCUGGCUCUUACCUUUAGCUCGUGGCUUCCUGAGGUUGCGCAGGAGAUGGCGGAUGCUCACUCGCACGACGCCGUGAUGAUUGCGGCAAAGGCAUUAGCGGAGUUACAGGCUCGCCCAGUCAUUCGUCAAGAGAAAGUAUUUGCUGAGCCAGCAAAUGUAAAGACUUACUCUCCAGUUCCAAUGGACGUAACACAGACUGAAGAUGAUACAGAGGACGAAAGCUUUCAAGAGGGAGGCGAGGAUACAUUCCUUCCGGCGAUUCAAUCAGAAUGGGACGAUAAUCCCAAAACACCCAAUGCUGAGGAGUCUUCGGUCAUUACCGCCCAUAUAUCUCACCUCCCCACACCCGAUCCUUGCCCUCCCAUCAAAAGCUGCUGCCCUCCUGCAAAGAACCCCUUCUCUACCACCUUAGAGCCACCUGCAGCCGUUGAAAACUGUGCCGAGACUAUGCCUUGUUUCGUUCUUCGCGAGAAAAUCCUCAAAUACGGUCGACACAUUGAUCUUGCUGCCUUGUGUGAUGAAUUAGUGCGGCGAGCGGUUUGUCACGGCAAUCCGUGGGACCCCGCCGAUUGGACGGUUCCUCCAGACCUUUUUGAACGUUUUCCUUGCAUGAAGUAAAAUGUACGGACCCCACAUCUUACUUUUGGUGAUUUCUUGUAUAUAUUAGUGUGUUGUCCUGUCGUCGAGAAACGAGUAUUAUAUCGGAUAGAGAAGCGUUGAUGUGCUCUGAGCUGGUGUCCUGAGUCAUGUCCAAUACAAUUAUUUACAACUGCAAGUCUUUUGGGAUUAAACGAUGUGGAGAGUUGAACUGUGGGGUAUUCUGAUGGAAGCAUGUAGGCUUUCGUUAUAGGCCUUUAAAAAUAAAAACAAAAAGGAAGAGCAGAAAAGACCUUCAAUAGUAUCCAUGACUGUGCCAUCCUUGGCCGUACACGUG